UUUGUAAUUUUUAAAUUACAAAAAGAAAAUUAUUUUUAAAUUGUAGUAUUUUUUAACGCAAGGAGGCGCAAAGCGAUGUUUUGAUUGGUUUCAAUUAGUGGCGUAAUCGUCUGCUCUUGCAGAAUUUGAUAGAAGUGACACGACAAAAGAAAGAUUAAAAAUGGCACUACUAGAAACAUUUAUUGGAAAUUUUACUCCUUUCUUGGGUCUUUCUGGAAUACUACAAAGAGAUUCAAAUUACAAAACUGAAGUUUUGGAUGAUAAAUUAACUAAAACCAUUGUAGACAGAAGUUCAUUUAAUAAAGAAAUUGCAGAAGUUUUGGAAAAUAUUGUGGAAGAUUCUCCAAAUCAAGAAGAAAUUUUAUGCAAACACAUAGAAAGAAAAUUAUUUAGUAACUAUGAAAUAGUUUUAGAUAUGCCUCCCUCGAUGAAAAUGAAAGAGAAACAAGAAUUGAGGAGAAAAAUCAUUGAUAACGGGGGAAUUGUAUCGUAUAUGGUUACUAAAAAGACUAAAUUUGUAAUUUGUUUAGAAUCAAAUACUUCGUCAAUGAAACAAAAGACAGCAAAGAAAUAUGGAAUUCCUAUGGUAAAAGAAGAUUAUAUUAAUGCAUGUUUAAAAAACAAGAAGCUACUUGAUUCCAAAUCCUUCCUGAUUUCAAAUGAAACACAAAUGAAUGGCUUUCGUAAAGGAAAAAUUUUCGUGUCUUCGGAUGUGCAAAAACAGCCUACAACUGUUCAAGUAUUUUUGAAUUCACUUCCAACAUAUCCAUAUGAAGAGUUACUUGGAUAUGAACUUGUUAAACCUGUGGUUUUGAAGGGAAAAGCACAAAAAGCAUCUUCAAGCGGUACAUUACGUUAUAAUUUUUGUAUUGUUGAACUUCAUGUUGCUUCUAGUGAAAGAAAUGUUGUUGAAACAGAUAAACAGUUUUGUGUGUUUGUAGAAGAAGGACACAUAAGUCAACAAGAUGAAAGUAUUGUUGAAAGUAAGAAAGUUUGUUAUUUCCUUGAAACAGCUGAAAGAGCUUUGUCAGUAUUUAGUCAGCUUUAUUUUGCAAAAUGUGGACCACCUCAUUACAUGAUUGAAGUUAUGGAAAUUCUACAUCCCGAAGUUGGAUCUCUUGCAUUUCAAAAAUUGCAGUUGGAAUUAAGUUCAUUAUCUUCACACAUAGAUAAAAAUGUUCUAAAUAUUGUAGAAUUAAUAUGGACAGAAGCAAUUGGACAUUUAAAGAAAUAUCUAAGUCAUCCCGAAUUUAUACCUUUGUGGAAGAUUGAUGAAGCAGAAAGUAUUUUACUCCAAAUUCACUCAAUGUUAAAUGAAUUUGAUUCAGAAGAAUUACUAGAGAAACUUAGUAAGGAAUUUUAUUCAAUUUUACCGCAUGUGCCAGAAUACAGUCAAACUAUCAAGUCUAAACAAUUAGUUGCACAAAAAAAAGACCUAUGUCAAGUUUUACGAGAUAUGGUUUCUGUCAGUGAAGCCAUUGGUUGGUCACCGAAAGGUUGUUUCCAUGCCAAAUAUAAAGCACUUCGAUGUCAUAUUCAAUUUUUGCCUUCUGAUAGUGAAGAAUUUAACAAAAUGAAUAAUUUUGUGAUUAAUUCACAAUUUCGGGAAACAUGUAUUAAAGUUCAUAAUAUUUAUGCUAUUCAUCGUGAUAUAGAAUAUGCAGAAUUUACAAGCCAAAUAUCAAACAAACAAUUAUUAUUUCACUCUACUGUAUCUUCUAACAUUGUUGGUAUUCUUUCACGUGGUUUGAAGUUGCCAAGAGUUAUUGUAGCAGAAUCUGGAGUUGAAAGAACUGAUGUUGGAAUGCUUGGUAGUGGAAUUUAUUUUACGGAUUCUGCAAGUUCUUGCAUUAAAUAUUCUGCUGUGAAUAAAAUGAGGAAUACCAGAUUUAUCCUGGUUUGUGAAGUUGCAUUAGGAAAAGUAUAUCAUACAAAUAAGUUCCAGAUUUCUCUGAGUAAGCCUCCAGAAGGAUUUGAAAGUGUUCAUGGAAUUAAAACAUCAGAUUAUGAAAUAACUGAUUUUCAGGAUGAUGAAUUUGUUAUCUAUGAUCCUUGUCAACAACAAUUAAAAUAUUUGAUUGAAUUUUCAUUGCCAGAGGAUGAUGUGAAACCUUUUCCAGAUAUCACAGAGCUUUUAGAAGAAGAACCUCCUCUUAAACCUGAUAAAAAUCAUAUUAAUUUAGAUUUUGAAACUGAAGAGAAUUUAAGUGUGGAAAGUAAUAAAAAAAUAGAAGCUGGCUUGAAAUUAAUAAAUAAUGUAGAAAAUAUUGAAGUUCCCUUAAAAUCAGUUGAUGUCCAAGCAAAAAUAAUCGAUUUAGUAUCUGAAGUAAUUGUUCUGCAAGUGUAUCAAAACAACAAUGAUAGUUCUGUGGAAGCCAAAUAUAUUUUUCCUUUAGAAGUAGGAGCGGCUGUUUGUGGCUUUGAAGCAUUCAUAAAUGAUAAACAUAUUGUUGGUGAGAUAAAAGAGAAAGAAACGGCUCAUAAAGAAUAUAAAGAAGCCAUUCAGAAAGGGCAUGGGGCAUAUCUUAUGGAUGAAGAACAACCAAAUGUAUUUACUGUAAGUGUUGGCAAUAUUCCUCCUAAAACUACAGUGAUCAUUAAAAUUACAUAUAUAAUAGAAUUGCCUGUAAUUGAUGAGGUGAUAAAUUUUAAUAUACCUGGUACUGUUGCACCUUGGCAUUCACAAUUGAUUACUGAAACUCAGGAUGUAAUGUCAUCUGUAAAUCUAAUGGACAUGAGAGGUUCAUUUUCGCUAAAAAUAGCUGUAGACAUGCCUUUUCCCAUUCAUAUAAUUUCUUCUCCAACACACAAAAUUAUGACAAAGAGAACAGAAACAAAAGCUGUAGUGAAACUUGAAAAUUCAAUAUUAGGUAAUGGAUUCACAUUAUGUAUAAGUUUGAAAGAAGUCCAUGUUCCAAGAAUGUGGAUUGAAAAUAAUUCUGAAGAAGACUCACAGGUUUGCAUGUUGACAUUUUAUCCAGAAUUUGAAGCAGUUACAAAUCCUCAUCCUGAGAUAAUUAUUGCAUUAGAUGCAUCAAAUUCUAUGCAAGGGAAAUUAUUUGCAGAUGCUUUGAAGACAGCUGUUCUAUGUCUCAAAAAUCUUCCACACAAUUGUUAUUUUAAUAUAGUAGUUUUUGGAUCAGUGUUUCAUGAGUUAUUUCCAUCAAGUCAAAUAUGCAAUUCAAAAAAUGUGCAAAAAGCUAUGAAUUUCCUGAAACAGGUUACAUUAUUAGGUAAUACAGAAUUUUCAAGAGUUUUAAAAUAUUAUCAAUUAACUGCUGGAAAAGGCAUAAAGAAUAUAAUUCUUUUGAGUGAUGGUGAUGUUAAUAAUGAAAGGAUAAUAUUUAAAAGUAUCAAAUCUUAUAGCAACAAAGUGAGGAUAUUUACAAUAGGUUUAAGUUCAACUACUUAUAUCAACAAACAUACAUUGCAACAAAUUGCUAAUAAAAGUGGAGGUGUGUACGAAUGUUUAGAUACUUUAAAUUUAGAAAACUGGAAGAAUAUGGUACAAAAACAAAUUAUGAGAACAACUCAAGCAUCUCUAACAAAUGUAAGAAUUGAAUGGCAGAACAGUUAUGAUGGAAAUGAAGUAGUGAUUCAGACACCUAAACAAAUAAUGAGUAUAUUCAAUGGAUGUAGGCAAAUUAUUUAUGGAUUUUGUCCAGAAGGUGUUAGUUUUGUAAAGUUGAAGGCAGACAUUGAAGGACAAGAAUUUGAAACAGUAUUAUAUGCCUCUGAAUUAAAUGCCACUGAAGGAAUUAUGUUACAUAAAUUAGCUGCUCGAUCCAUUAUUCGAGAUUGGGAAGAUGGUCUACUUGCUGAUGACAGAGUUGAUCAAUUGCUAGAAAAAAAAUCCAAUAGAGAGAAAAUAAUUGAAUUUAGUAAACAAUUUAACUUGGUUACAUCUCUUACUAGUUUUAUUGCUGUUGAGAAAAGAACAGAAGAAGAAGAUUCUUCGUCAUUUGAUGGUUCCAUUCUAAAAUUUAAUUUAUUGGAAGAGAUUGAUGUUGAUAACCUACUGUAUAUGAGUUUUGAAGAUGAAAAUGAAAUGGCUAUUACUCCUAAAUCUGAAGCUCAAAUUGAAAAUGUUUGUUGUAAGGUUUGUGGUGAUGAGUCAUCAGGUAUGCAUUACGGUGUUAUAGUAUGCGAGAGUUGUAAGGGUUUCUUCAGGAGGAGCCAAUCUAAACAAGUAAAUUAUUAUUGCAUGGAACAGAAAAAUUGUAUUGUUGAUAAAGUAAACAGAAAUAGGUGUCAGUAUUGCCGCUUACAGAAAUGUCUAGCACUCGGAAUGAUCAGAGAUGGUGAGUUAGCUUCAGACGUAUCUCUUGUCUAAUGAAAUUAUUAAAAGACGAAAAUAGGUUUGUAUUAACCUUGAGAAGACAACUGUAGUGGUUUUGAAGAAAAUUUUGGAAUCUUGUGGUUCUUUGUUAGUGGAGGUUUUAAAUGCAGACAUUUUAAUGUGAAACAAGAAGAACCAGAUUCACAUAUGAAUUAAACAAGUUAUGCCCUUGACCUUUCAUUAUUAGGUUACAGUUUUAAGGCUUCAAACUUUUAAAUUUAUUGUUGCUUAGUGAGUGGGGUAAAGGGCUUCCUAUGUGUUAUAAGUUAGGACCAAAGCAAGUCUAAAUUUAGCUGUAGCUGUAUUGAUUUAUAAUUUAAAAUAUAGUCAUUGACACAUGUCCAAAUAAUUAAACAUAUGAGAGAGAUCCAGUAAUCUAAUGUAAAUUAUAUUGCCAAAAUC